AUGACGAUUGGGAAGAGACCCGACAUGGCGGUGCUGCUGGUCGACACGCAGGGAUCGUACGAUCACGCGACCUCCAAGACUCAACUGGGCUCCCUGUUCGGGCGCAGCACUAAAAUCUUCAACGUGGGCGUGAAGAACAAGGACCCAUACGACAGCCUCGGUGGUCUUUCGCUUCUUUUAGAGUACAGAGCACGCCUGAAGGAGAUCAAAGGCAGGCAAGACACGAAAUCCCGACCCUUGCAGCGGCUGGAAUUUCUCUUCAGGGACCGGCAAAUGUGGGAUCAUCGCGACGACCCUGCGCGAGCGCCGCCUGAAACACUACGCUAA